UGUGUUAUCCGUGACGCGCGUCCUCUCGUACCUUCCUGCGCGCGUUUGAAACGCGGGGAACAGGACAUGGGAUUAUCUGGCACCGGAAGAGCUCGGUACAAGAGUGUGGCGACAGCUCGUGCCGAUAGUGUAAAGACCGAGGCGUUGGCCAUUUUGGUGUUCUUGAGCAGUGUGAUGUCAGUCCUGUACUACCUUGGGCUGAUGCAGUGAAUCAUCGUUAAUUAAGAUCUCAUGGGUUAUGCAGCUAACAUUGGGAACCUCAGCCACAGAGACAUUAAGCGUGGUUGGCAACAUAUUCAUUGGACAGACAGAGGCACCACUGUUGAUCCGUCCUUACUUAGAGGAGAUGACCGAAUCAGAGAUCCAUGCUGUCAUGACUGGAGGAUUUGCCACCAUUGCAGGCAGUGUAAUGGGGUUCAUCUCCUUUGGUAUUGACGCGUCCUCUCUGAUAUCCGCCUCAGUGAUGGCUGCACCGUGUGCUCUAGCCAUCUCAAAGCUCUUGUACCCCGAGACAGAGGAGUUCGCCGACCAGUCAGAUGAGGACAUUAUGGUGUCUUCCUGCUCAUCUGCUCCUACGUGUUCAUGCCCUUCGCCUUUUAUGAUGGGGAUACCCUACGAAGAGUCUUUCACGGUCGCGGAGCUGCUCGGCACCAAGCUCUUUCUGAACGAGUUUCUGGCCUAUAAGAAAUUGGCCAAAAUAAAAACGAAUCGGGUCGAAGGACUUGAAGUGAUUGAUGGAGUAAGACAGUGGAUCUCUGUCCGAUGGGAAGUUAUCAGCACGUACGCCCUCUGUGGAUUUGCCAAUAUUAGCUAAAUUGGCCUGGUGAUGGGAGGCCUGGGUCUGUAUAACCUUUAUUAUAUAACCGUUA